AUGCUGCAAACCACAUCGCGAACGGGCCAGAGCUACUGCCACCUGGCCUACGGCGAAGCUGACAAGAAGUCUGUGACCUUGUUCAUCACUCGAUCUAACAAGCACGAGCCGAUUCCCUCCGGAACCGAAGAUGAACAGACAGGGGGCCCCGGCAAGGUGAGCAGUCUUGUCUACGCGGUCCCCAAAGGCCAGGAGGUGCUGCUGACCAAGCUGCUUCAGUCCGAAGACACAAUCGACACGGUGGACCGUCUGGCUCGACUCAUUGUCAAGAAGGGAGCUUACAAGUUUCCCAUCACCGUGGGCGUGUGUGAAGGGGGGGUUCCCGAGGCUGAGAUCCCCCAGAUUGUCAACUGGGUUGCUGGCGAGGUGGCAAAGGGAGCUGUGGGUCAGGAGGAAUGA